CUCCAAAUGUCAUUGAAAAUCUGAAAGCAGCUGUGUAGGUAUUUGUACGUGUUUUCAUUCGAUAAUUUCUCGAAAAUGACUGUGUGAGACGAAAACAAACAAGAAAACUAGAUGUGAAACGCGAACACAAAAUGUCGAGCCGCCGUUCGAUACUCGGUUCGGCACUGGACGCCCUGCCAGCGCCUACCGAUCCGUUUAGAGAACUCUUUGAGGCUUGCAAAACUGGUGAUGCAGCCCGUGUUAAAAAGCUUAUAACACCUCAAACUGUAAACGCUAGAGACACAGCUGGCCGCAAAUCUACUCCUCUACACUUUGCUGCAGGAUAUGGGCGCAGGGAGGUGGUAGAGAUACUAAUAUCGUCCGGCGCUGCGCUGCAAGCCCGCGACGACGGGGGGCUGCAGCCGCUGCACAACGCGUGCUCGUUCGGGCACGCGGACGUGGUCAGGGCUCUGCUGGCGGCCGGCGCGGCGCCCGCGGCCACCGAUAACUGGGGCUACACUCCGUUGCACGAAGCUGCCGCUAAAGGCAAGGUUGAUGUUUGUAUAGCGUUAUUGCAACACGGUGCCGACCCUAACAUUAGGAACACGGAAGGCAAGACUCCCCUGGAUCUCGCUGACUCGGCCACGAGGCCCGUUUUAACUGGUGAGUACUGCGCCGCAGACGUUUUAGAAGCCGCCCGCUCAGGCGCUGACACAAGACUCGCUUCAUUACUCACCCCACUCAAUGUCAACGUUCACGCGCACGACGGAAGGAGAUCUACACCUCUACAUUUAGCCGCAGGAUAUAACCGAGCGCGGGCCGUACGCUUGUUAUUGCAACGCGGCGCAGACGUCCACGCUAAGGAUAAAGGCGGGUUAGUGCCCCUCCACAACGCGUGUUCGUACGGCCACUACGAGGUGACGGAGCUGCUGGUCCGCGCAGGCGCAGACGUCAACGCUACGGACCUGUGGGCCUUCACUCCGUUGCAUGAGGCCGCCAGCAAGGCGAGGCUUGAGGUUUGCUCGCUAUUACUGAGCGAGGGCGCGGAUCCGACCCUGCUUAACUGUCACGGGAAGUCCGCGCUCGACGUGGCGCCCACCAGGGAGCUGCAGGAGCGAUUGGCUUUGGAAUAUCGCGGUCAUUGUCUGUUGGAGGCGUGUCGUCUGGCCGAACCGGCCCGUGUAAAGAAGUUGCUGCACGUUUGUGCGAAUGCCCAGAAUCCACAGGAAUCCCCGUCCACUAGUUCCCUCGGCGAUUGCUCCGUGGAAACUCUAGUGAACUUCCAACACCCGAGUAGCGGGGACAGAGCGUUGCAUUGCGCCGCCAACAGCGUCUACCACAAGCGGAAACAGGUCAUCGAGAUAUUGAUAAGGAAAGGCGCGCUCGUGAACGAAAAGAACAAAGCCGGACAGACGCCGCUACAGAUCGCUACUGAAUUAGGGCAUGUCGACGCCAUGGAUAUCUUGAUACGACACGGUGCGAAAGUGAACGCCAGUACGAACGCCGCACCAAAUUCUCUGCAACUAUCGAUGUCGAUGUUGGAGCGACACUCUUCGAGACUGCAACCGGACACCACUUAUAUCACAGAACCAGUUACCGACGCAUGCGCAAACGCGGCGGCUCUCCGUCUACUAGAGGCGGCCAGGACCGGUGACGUGGAGACGGCCAAGAGUAUAUUGGAUCUAAGACCACGGCUGGUCAACUGUAGGGACGUUGAUGGCAGACAUUCGACGCCUCUACACUUCGCUGCCGGGUACAAUAGGCUUCCACUCGCUCAAUUAUUACUACAGAGAGGCGCCGACGUCCAUGCCAAAGACAAGGGCGGCCUCGUUCCAUUACACAACGCGUGUUCGUACGGACAUUACGAAGUGACUGAAGCGUUAGUAAGCGCUGGCGCGGGCGUGAACGCUGCAGAUCUGUGGCGAUUCACCCCUCUACAUGAGGCGGCUGCCAAGGGCAAGGCUGAUAUAGUUAGAUUAUUGUUAAAGCACGGCGCGGACCCGCUGCGCCGCAACCGCGACGGGCUGACGCCGCUGCAGCUGGUGCCGGCGGCGGACGCGGACACGGCGGACGCGCUGCGCGGCGACGCGGCGCUGCUCGACGCCGCCAAGCGCGGCGACCUCGCCCGCGCCAGGAAAUUAAUAACCCCACAAAAUGUGAACUGCCGAGACACGCACGGACGGAACUCCACGCCUCUGCACUUAGCUGCCGGGUACAACAACCUGGAAGUGGCGGAGGCGCUCCUGGCGGCCGGGGCUGCGGUGUCCGCGCGCGACAAGGGCGGGCUGGUGCCGCUGCACAACGCGGCGUCUUACGGACAUCUCGAGUUGGCUGCGUUGCUGUUGCGGGCUGGGACGCCGCCUAAUGCUACGGACAGAUGGGGAUUCACGCCACUGCACGAGGCGGCGCACAAAGCUAGAACGCAACUGUGUGCUCUAUUGCUCGCUCACGGCGCUGAUCCUUACUUAAAAAACCAAGAAGGUCAAACGGCAUUAGAAUUAGCGGGCGCCGAAGACGUGCGCUCGUUGUUACAAGACGCGAUGACGUCAGCGGCGGGGGAGGCGCCCCCAGCGCCCCUGCCGGCGCCCCUGCCGCCCCCGCAGCUACCCGUGCUCAUGCCCAGCGGGGACACGGUGUCUUUAGCGUUACCAGUGGUCCCGAGUAACUAUUGGGCCGAGGGCUCCCGCGGCAGUCUGGAGGACGCCGCCGGCCGCCCGGCCUCCGCCCUCUCCACCUCGGAGUGCUUACAGACCUUCCUGUCUCAAAUCGGCCUAGAACAAUUGACUUCCGUGUUAGAGCGAGAACAGAUCACAGUGGACAUCCUGUCGGAGAUGUGCCACGAAGAUCUGAGGGCUGUGGGCGUGGCAGCUUACGGUCACAGGCAUCGGCUGCUCAAAGCUGCGAGGAGCGCUUUACAGCACCAACAAGAAUGGUACGGCGGUACGACACUAAUAGAAGUUACGGCUAACCCGGACGGCGAAUGCGGCGAGAAUGAGUACACGAUAGUAGAGAGGGAGAUGCAAGCUUCAGUGCGCGCGCACCGCGAACACGCGGGCGGACACUUCUCACAUUACAACGUCGUUAGGAUACAGAAAAUUGUGAAUGGUCGUCUGUGGGAGCGGUAUCAACACAGACGAAGGGAGGUCACAGAGGAAGCCGGGGCGCCGAAUGAAAGGAUGCUGUUUCACGGAUCUCCCUUCAUCAACGCUAUUGUCCAGAAGGGAUUCGAUGAAAGGCACGCCUAUAUCGGUGGUAUGUUCGGCGCCGGUAUAUAUUUCGCGGAGCACUCGUCGAAGUCCAACCAGUACGUGUACGGUUUCGGCGGCGGCUCCGGCUGUCCCACGCACAAGGACAGGAGCUGUUACCUCUGUCACAGACAAAUGGUCCUCUGCCGCGUGACGCUCGGGCGCGCGUUCCAGCUGCUGAGCGCAAUGAAGAUGGCGCACGCGCCGCCCGGACACCACUCUGUGGCCGGCCGGCCCAGCCACGGCGGACUCUGCUUCCCCGAGUACGUGGUCUACAGGGGGGAACAGGCGUAUCCUGAAUAUUUAAUAACCUAUCAAAUCGUGAACGGAGAAAGUGGCUCGGGGACCGAGUGAGUUAACAGUAUUGUGAUGUAUAGAUAACUAGAACAUAACUACUUUUAAACUUUCGCGUUGAAUAAUUAUAUACUAAACGACAGGUAUUAAACGCGCACAUACCUUACUAGACGUUACCAGACGUUUCGGAGCUGGUUACAAAGGUCCGUGGUCGCUGGGCGACCGACUCAGCACGCUACGACGUCUGUCCGGCAGAAUCUUCUUCUACUGCCAUAUUAUUUAUCCGCCAAAUAUCGUCGCAAUAAAUACACUGUAAAUAUUGUUUGUAACAAGGUUCGAAACGUCUGUGAGAUAAAAAAGGUAUGUGCGCGUUUAAUACCAGGUAUUAAACUGGGACAUACCUUUUUUUAGUAUAUAAAUAAUAUUUUUAUAGAUACGCGACAUUUUUUGAUCUCGACGUGGUUUGGUUAAUAACUGAUAGACCGUCUCGAUUUAAAAGUGUUAAGCGCCAUCUAGUUAAUCGAAAAUUCGUUCAGAAAUUUUCACAGAUGUAUUUCCGUUGCCGGUAUACUAAAAAAACAGAAUAAAAUUAUAUGUAAAUAUAAUUCUCAAAACACUCCAAAAUAGUGUAAUAGCAUAUCAGUGUCUUAUUAGACGUUUACGUAAUACGACACGCGUGCAUUAAUAUUACAUACGCCUUCUUAUAGCGCUCGGCUUUGUUUCGCGCAAUAAUUAUCGUAAUGUACUAUGUCGUCUGUACGUCAUCUUAAUAGCGAAAGAGAUGCUUAGAAUAAACUUAGUUUGUAACAAAUAUAUGUAUAUAUAAAGAUUUUUUUAUUGUGAAUAUACGCGAGUUGGGUUUGAAAAGUUUUGUUCGUAAUGAAUUUAAUUUUGAAUUGUAUUUUUUUUUAAAUCAAUUCUUAGGCUAGGUGAAGCGGAUAUAUAAAAUAUUAUAUAGAUUAAAACAUUUGUUUUUUUUUUAAUAAUAAUAAGAUUAAAAUCUACAAAAUAUUUCUUGUAUAUAGUUAAAUAUUAAUAAACUUAGGAUACCGAUGUUCACGCGAGCGAAGACGCCCACAAAAAUUAGUUGAAAAUUAUCCGCUGCACUUGGCCUAAAAGAAAAAUAACUAACAUGUUUGUGAAUGUGAGUUUUUAAAUUGAAUAAUUUAAUAAAUCUAUUUAUUUAAUUACAAAAAUGCAUUUUAUAUUCAUUUCAUUCGUUUUUCCAAAAUUAAAUACGUGCACAAAGAUUGGCUGUUAUAAAAUAUAAUGACUUUAUUUUUUCAAGCUUAAUUAUAUUCGAUUUUUUCUAAAUGACGAGCUAAAAUUUACUAGCGACCCGUCCUGGCUUUACUCGGGUAAAACCAUAAUAAUGAAUACAUCUCUAGACUCGAAAUAAUAAUACACAAGUCUCGAACUUACUUUGGGGCUAGCUCAAUCUGUGUGUUCGAGUUUCUUUUGGCAUAUCUUCUCAGCAGUGGUCGUUCCGAAAUGCUUGUAGUCUGUAGCUUUGGUAAACAUAAUUUAAUUUGGAAUAUGACGUGAAAAAUUGCCUGUCAUGGCCUAAAUUCUGAAUUUGAUUUUGAUUUGUGUCAUUUUUCCUUAAAUAUUUAAAAAAAAAAGUUUGUGAAUGUAAAUGUGACUACUAAAUCUAAACAACUGACAAGCCACCUAGAUCUCGGGAUGUUGUAAUGAAUAUUUUUGAAUUAUUUCGCUAUACAAAUAUACAGGGUUACUGGGAUCAAACGCAAAACCUCCUAAAGACUACUCGGGUACAUCAAAAUAAGCAACUUUAUUCUACCUACUACUUUUCGUGAUUUUUUUUGUAUGAAAAAUAAUCUGAUUUGCGAUUCUACACAUGUUCACUGUAUGCAAUAGCCGAGCGACACGAGACAGUGCAGUAGCGUUAUGUAGCGGAAUCUGACGUAGAGUUAACGUUUUAUAGAAACGACAUUAAAACUAAAAAAAUGUUUUUUAAAAUAUAUUUAUUACGUUUAGACAAAAGUCGUAGAACAAAAGAUGUCAGUCAGUUUGGAAGGUUAUGCGUUAGACACCAGUGACCCUGUAUAUAUGGAUAUGUACUUCAAUACGUUCAUUGUUUUUGCCCAGUAUAAUAGCCAAGCCAAUUUUGUGUGCGCAAUAUUUUUUAUAUGUAUACUUGUUUAUGUUUUGAACAAUUUUGUUGUUUUGAUCGAUUUAAUCGACCCAGCUCGCUCGCUCGCCAAUUUUUAUAUGUCUCGGAGGAAGUUGUAUGAAUAAAUUACAAUGAACAA